AUGGGAGGGAACAUUUCGAAACUCAUGAACAAGAUCUUCGGAUCCAAGGAGAUGCGUCUGUUGAUGCUGGGACUGGACGCUGCUGGAAAGACAAGUAUGAAAGGAGCACGAUCCAAAGGCGGUGGAUCGCGCAGCUGACGAACGAAUAGCCAUCCUCUACAAGCUCAAGCUCGACACGGACGUCACCACGAUCCCUACCGUCGGCUUCAACGUGGAGACCGUCACCUACAAGAACACCAAAUUCAAUGUAUGGGAUGUCGGCGGCCAGGACAAGAUCAGACCGCUCUGGAGACACUACUUCUCCGGCACACAAGGUCUGAUCUUCGUCAUUGACAGCAAUGAUCGCGACCGAAUGGAAGAGGCGAGGAGCGAGUUGGCGCGCAUCAUACAAGAUCGUGAAAUGAAGGAUGCGCUGCUCUUGGUAUUUGCGAACAAGCAGGACAUACAAGGAGGUCGGUAUCGAAACCACGAGGAUGCGCAAGAGUGAGAAUUGACAUGAUACAGCAAUGCGACCCAAGGAGGUUUCCGACAUGCUGGACCUGCAACGAAUAGCCAAAGACCACACUUGGAAGGUGGAGCCCAGUUGCGCGACCACGGGCGAGGGCAUCUUCGAAGGCCUCGCCUGGCUGAGCAGCAAUGUGAAGCUCCCGGCCAAUAAGUGA